GACAGCAGAACCGAACCCGGAAGGAUACAACCGAGGAGUGCAAUGCUACCAAAGUGUAUGGGCCGAAUGCUGCUGUUCCUGGUGACGAGACGGCCACUGUUCUCGCACCCGUCUCGCCGAAUGUCGUACCAUCGGUUUGAUCUGCAACAACCGACCUACAACACGGACUACCUGCUCGAUCCGGCCAACGCCGAUGAAAUCGAGGGUAACAUACGGUUGCGCAAGGGCGUUGGUGAUAUUCGGCUGGUCCAUGAGCUCCAGCAGCGGCUACAAGAAGCGGCAACGGACGAGUCACGUCGGCAACUAGCCGAUCGCCUACAGACCGAGCUGGGUAAGCUGCCCAACCAAACACAUCCCCGGCUUCUAUCGUACGAAGGCAAACCACGGUUGGUCCGGCGAUACAACGAGCCACACGUGGAUCGGGCAAGCACCGACAACCGGCCCCACUACGAGUUCGGUGAUAUCUGCAAACGGAUGAACCUGUACCGGAUGGAGUCGCUGGGUAACUUUACCGGCCACCGGUCCUACUAUCUGCUGGACGAACUAGCCGAACUCGAGCACGCCCUCAUCGGCUACACGGUGGAGCGGUUGCUGCAGGAACAGUUCCGGCUCAUCUCCGUACUGGACCUGCUGCCUGCACGGAUCAUCGAGAGCUGUGGUAUGAGCACCACCGGCACCCGGAACCAGGUGUACAAGGUCACCGGACAGCAGGACGCCCUCCGCGACGACACGCUCUGCCUGUCCGGCACGUCGGAGAUGGCGCUGGCAGGCUAUUUUGCCGGGCGCGUACUGCCAGCGGACCGGUUGCCCCUCCGGCUGGCAGCAGUAAGCCGCUGCUACCGGGCGGAAACGUCAGCGCUGCACGAGGAGAAGGGCAUCUACCGGGUGCACCAGUUCACCAAGGUGGAAAUGUUUGCCAUCUGCGCGCCACACCAGUCGGCUAGCGUGCUUCGGCAGUUCCGCGACAUCGAGGUCAGCCUGUUCGAGCGGCUCGGCCUACCGUUCGUGGUGCUCGAUAUGCCGGCGUGCGAGCUGGGUGCACCGGCCUACCGCAAGUACGACAUCGAAGCGUGGAUGCCGGGCCGCCAGAUGUACGGCGAGAUCUCGAGCUGUAGCGACUGUACCGAUUAUCAGGCGCGCCGGCUCGGAAUCCGGGUCGACCGUGCGCAGCAGCAACCACUGUACGCCCACACAGUCAACGGGACGGCCUGUGCGAUCCCGCGGAUGCUGAUCGCCCUGCUCGAAAACUUCCAGAACGAGGACUAUACCGUCUCGAUACCGGAACCACUGCAGCGGCACAUGCACGGCAAGAAGGUGCUGCGACGGCGGAAGGUGCUGCCCGAGCUGAAACUCACCAAGCGGCUCCAGCAGGAGGAGCUGGCGUGUACCGUUUGAAUAACGUGAGUGUUGGAGUGUGUGGAGCAGCAGCAGCAGCAGCAACGGGAACAACCGGAACCAGAGCACAAACCAAUAAACAAGUCAAAAGCCGCUGUUGAACCGUGAAAUGGCGUACCAUCAUUCAGUCGAAACUGCCAGGCAGUUCGUGCGCUCGAUGACGAAACGACGAGCGCGUCACCGCGUCUACCAUACGGUCCCAACCACGCACGGUCCGGGCGUGAGGAAGUACGCUAGAACCAACUGAGCGUAACCCAACCGAUCGCCGUUCCGCCGGCAGUAAAUUGGAAAAUGAAAUUGUCCGAUGACCACGUCCCCGUGCGGAAUCGCUGAUCUUCCAGCUCCUGCUCCAGCAGGAUUAGUCUGCCUUUUCCCCAUUGCGUAUGGAGUUUUCCAAAUUCGGUUCAAUUGGCUUUGCCUGCAAUUUUCCUUUCUCUUCUGGCCAGCUAGAAGUAUAAGCAUACAUUUCGUAGCAGCAGCAGCUGCUGAUCGUACACUUAUACAGCCAGUAUACACCGGAGUUCACUUUAUUUUAUAGUUUUGUAAAAUCACACAGUGCGUUGCCAAAUGAUCAACCUCUUUUGUUCCUUCGCAAUUGAUUCCGUGCCGUUAGUAUUCAAUAGGCAUAGUGGUCUAGUCGUGUAAAUAAUAAUCUCAAUAAACCUGACCUUGGCAAGCAGAACGCAA